GUCAAAAAAGUGAGAGAAUAUGGAAUUGGAGAGUGAAAACCAAGUCCAUGUUUCAAAUGCAAACCAACAAAAUGGAGGAACCAAUUUUUUCAAAACUUGUUUCAAUGUACUUAAUACCUUAAUAGGUAUUGGAAUACUGUCAACGUCAUAUGCAGUUUAUCAAGGAGGAUGGUUGAGUUUUUUGCUGCUGAUUAUGUUUGGGAUGAUAUGUUGCUACACAGCUUUACUUUUGGAUAGGUGUAUGAAUGCAAAUCCAGAAAUUAAAUCCUAUGCUGAUUUAGGUGAGGUUACCUUUGGCUACAAAGGAAGAGCAGUGAUCGGUAUUUUCAUAUAUUUAGAGGCAUUUUUAAUUUGUGUGGAGCUUCUUAUUCUAGAAGCAGACAAUUUGGAGAAGCUUUUCCCAAACAUGAGAUUCACAGUGUUUGGCCUAAGAAUUGGUGGGAAAAGUGGUUUUGUUUUUCUCACUGCUUUGGCAAUACUACCAACAACAUGGUUGAGAAAUUUGGGAGCUUUGGCCUAUAUUUCUGUUGGUGGAGUGCUUACUUCUGUUAUUUUAAUUGCUUGUGUUAUGUGGGUUGGUGAAGUGGAUGGUGUGGGAUUUCAUGAAAGAGGUCAUGUCAUACAUUGGACUGGAUUGUCUACUUCUAUGAGCAUUUUUGCUUUUUGUUUUAGUGCUCAUUCCUUGAUGCCUACAAUAUGCACUUCCAUGAGGGACAGAAAACAAUUUUCCAAGGUUAUGUUUUGGACAAAUUGGUGUAAUUCUUGGCUGGUUUUGAAGCUGACUUUGGACAGACAUGUAGCAUUGUAUUGUGCAGCAGGGAUUUUGGAGUGUAGCAUUUGUUUUGCAGGAAAGAUGAUGGUGAUAGUGCAUAGUCACGUGAAGGCAAGGAGCAAGAAUGUUUGUCAAUUUUUUUUGUUUUUGUUUAGUAUACAAAAAAUGUAAAUGGACUUUUAAUGUGA